AUGUCUUUCGUGAUCAAAGAAUUUACAUGCCAGUACAGCGACCAAAUAAGGAAGAAGCAUAAAACUUGGCACGAUGGAAAGCUUAAGUAUUCUGAAUUCAAUAAUAGAUUUCAGCUAUUCACAGAGGACGGUGUGCAACUUAGCAGCAAGUUGCUAACUAAUAGCAAGCAAGUUGCUGAUAUUUUGAAUGAUGAAGGCUAUGGAAUCGAGGAACACAGAAUAUUUGGUUCAUAUUUUGUGAUCAUUUUGGAGCUCUCAUCUGAGUAUAUAAGGGACGAGUCAAAAAGUGCGAACUCAGCAAUCAUUAAAUCCGAAUAUGGCAAUAGGAAUAAAACGCCAAUCGGUAGCGUAAAACAAUCACAACACAUUGAAUUGAAUCAAAAGAGGGCUUCAAAAACUAUUGCUUCAGUCAGUGAUACUGCCAAGAAACCGUUCAAACGACCCAUCAUACUAUCCCAUAGUCAAUCGAACCUGCAAAAUACACAUAUCAAAGCAGAUCCUGAUCGUCGUUUGACAGAGGAUACAAGACUUCGUCAAGAAGCGAGUGACAAAGCAUCUGCAGAGAGGAUCACUGCGAUUUCUCAAGAAUGUUUCAGGAGUAGUCUGAACGUUUCCCAAACAACGGAACUUAAUGAAGUUUCAGCCGCUUCCUUGGAUCCAGUUGAAUAUAUACGACAAACGAACAGUAUUCUAAAGACAGGAAGACUUCGACAGAAAAACUACGUGAUUCGGAACUCCCCCAUAGUACUUUAG